AUAUAGGACUGCAAAAAUGUAAAUAUCCGCUUAAAGAUUCUUAUAGCUUUGUUUUAUAAUAUAAUGGCUUUAUUGAAGUAAUAUGGCGUUAAUAUUUAAUUUGAAUCAUACAAAAUAUAUAAAUACAGAUUUUGUUUGUCUAUUGCAGGUUCGAAAAAUAUGUUGGACUUUCUUUGUUACUUGUGGUAUUGACAUAUUUUGGUUGGACACUUGUGCAUGAAGAAAAAAUACAACUGUUCAACAACGACGUAUUUGGAAAUAAAUCUAUACAACUAGGUAAACAUAAAAGAGUAAGCUAUAUAAAAGUACCUAAGACUGGUUCAAGCACACUUUCAUGUAUAUUCAUUAGGUUCGGAAUAAGACAUAAUCUUAAAGUAUUUCUGUAUCGGGACGUUUUUAUAACGAAACCUCAGCAAAAUGUUUUAUUGAGCAAAAGAAACAUUUUGAUAUUUUUGCCUCACACACAACAUAUAACUAUCACUUUUUCACUCAUAUCGUUCGUGAUCCAGCCAUAAUUGGAAGUGUACGUGAACCAGGACAGAGGAUUAUCAGUGAGACCUUCUAUGAUAAACAAAAACAGGCAUUAAGAAAACAGAUGGGACUUUCUGCACAAAGUUUUAUCGAUGAAAUUGUGAGCAAUACAUCAAAGUACGGAAUGCAGAAUAAAAUGUCCUAUUUCUUUGGAAUAAACAAUAAAAAUAUUGAUCAGUAUCAUUUUCAAAAAUGUUUAAAUAAUCUGAAGUCUGAAUUGUUACUUGUAGUUAUUUUAGAAAGAAUGAACACGUCCCUUGUUCUUUUGAAACGACUUCUUAACUGGUCAUUCAUUGAUAUAUUAUAUGCAAAAAGGAAGACAAAUAAUCAUAUACCAGUGUUUCUUAAUGAAAAGCAGACAGAACACCUUAGAACUACAAACAGUUUGGACUAUGGAAUUUAUAAUUAUUUUUCAAAAGAACUUGACCAAAGGAUAGAAAAAGAAGGGAAUGACUUCACUGGCGAAGUUCGUUACUUUGAACAUAUCUUGAAUGAGCUGAAUACGUUUUGCAGACAGACAUUUAACAAAAGUUACAUACAUACUUUCCCUCUAUCGAGAUGGGACAACAGUUUUUCAAUUAGUCUGAAAGAAUGCGACAUGAUGUUUAAAAUGGAUGUUUCGAACUUUAAAUCAGGCCAUCCAACUUUGAAACGUAUUUUCCAUGAAAGGCACCACGAUAUGAAUUACAAACUGUCUUAAAUGUGGAGAUGCUCUUGACUGAAAAUAGUUAUUUCAAAAUUGCAUUUCAUGGAAACAGUGCUACAUGUACUAUAAACAAUAACCAAAUUCCGCUUGUUAAUAUUAAGAUGGACACUUUUUCCGAAGGUCAUGGGUAACUAUAACUAGUCAAUUCGUAUUUUGGCGGGAACGUAGCACGUGACUUCCAUGC